GCCACAUACCGGCGAGCAUGGGAAACCUUCCACUCUUACAACUACACCUUGGUGAUAACAGUUUCCAAGGGUAUAUACCACCGGCACCGAGCUUUGUAAACCUUCAACAACUAACAUCAUUAAACCUCAGCCACAACAAUUUCCAAGGUGACAUACCUCAGAUUAGUAACCUUAUUAAUCAUCUCAUUAGUUUGGAUCUUUCAUCAAAUAAGCUUACAGGGAAAAUUCCUGAUUCUUUGGGCAAAUGUUACGGCUUAGAGAGUCUGCAAAUCGACCAAAACUUUCUUACAGGAAACAUACCAUCAAAUUUUGGUAACCCAACGUUGCUGAGUAUGCUGAAUCUUUCACACAACAACUUGUUACGCACCAUCCCAUUAACUCCAAACAGACUAGAGGCUAACAGUCUUGAUCUUUCGUAUAAUCAUCUUAAAGGAGAAAUACCCAGAAAUGGACUAUUCGAAAAUUCUACAGCUGUUUCACUUGUGGGUAAUUGGAGGCUUUGUGGAGGUUCCAUGGAUCUUCAUAUGCCCAUGUGUCCCGCUGUUUCUCGGAGGUCAGAGACACAAUACUAUUUGGUCAGAGCAUUGAUUCCAUUAUUUGGCUUUGCGUCACUUGUAAUGUUGACUUACAUUAUAUUCUUUGGGAAGAAGACGUCAAGAAGAACAUACUCAAUUUUGCUUUCUUUUGGCAAGAAAUUCCCUAGAGUUGCUUAUAAUGAUCUAGCUCGAGCUACAGGGAAGUUCUCAGAGUUAUACCUUGUCGGAAGAGGAAGCUAUGGUUCAGUCUACAGAGGAAAGUUAACUCAAGCUAAAAUACAAGUGGCUAUUAAGGUUUUUGACCUUGGUAUGAAAUGUGCAGACAGAAGUUUUGUAACAGAAUGCGAGGUUUUGAGUAGAAUUCGGCACAGGAACCUUGUACCUAUCCUAACUGCAUGUUCGACAAUAGAAAUAGUGGUGACGCUGUCAAAGCUCUAGUUUACGAAUUCAUGCCUAAUGGGAAUUUGGACACAUGGUUGCACAACACAUUCUCGGGUAGUUCUUCGAAAUGUUUGUGCUUAGCUCAAAGAGUAGACAUAGCCAUCAAUAUAGCCAAUGCGCUGGC